AUGAACAUCUAUGAGUUUGCGACAACAGACACCCCUGUCGUGGAUCUUUUCUGUUGGAACGAGUGGCCAGCAUCUACGAUCUUUCGCCAUACUACUACAGAGACUACUACGUCCACGACCGCAUCUCAGUCUACACCCACACCCGCAGCUACCCUUACCACGCCUUUUUCACCGGCCACCCCCAGCGCCACCACUAGCCCCAGCACAUCGACCGAAGAGCAAGAGAGCGAAUCUUGGAUUGCUGGAGCAGUCAUUGGUCCUGUUGCAGGAUGCGCGCUUAUCGGAGCUCUGGGCUUCUGGUUGGUUCGUCGUAACCGUAACAAGAAAAAUUUCUAUGUACAAGAGGCACAGCAUAUGACAGGGUCAUAUGCAUCUGGAACGAAAAUUUCUAGGGACAUUGGCCCCUCUCCAAAUGAACUUCCUGGAGACAGUGUUCAGAGUGAACCUUUGGAGUUAGAAUCGCAUCACCGCCAAUGA